AUGUCCUCCCCCAAUCCCAGCGGUAACUCCGACCCUCGCGACCCUGUAACCAUCGUCACAACCUGCCGCCGCUACAUCCGCUACAUCGUCUACGACCAGUUCCCCUCCUUCCUCGGCACAGUGUCUGAACUACCGGCGAAGACGGUGCAGCGUUGGGCACAGCGGGAUAGAAGCUGGGACGCGAGGCAGGGCGCGAUUGGGAAUCCGGUUAGAGGGUGGAUCGAUCCUGGGUUGGCGGAUGGGAUUGAUGAGAGGAGGGUUGGGUAUGAGGGGUUCUUGGAGAGGAAGAGGAGGGGGGAGGUGAUAGGGGUGGAUGCGAAAGAUAAGGAGUCGAGUGAGUGA